GCAAAUUUUUCCUAGAUCCAAUAAUUCCGAUCAAAUUUGCAGGCUUUAUAAACUACAUCCAGCAAUCUGGAUUUUGAACCUGAAAUUGCUGCCCUUAUUAUUGAAAUCACUUUAAGAGAAUUUUGAAGAAAAGUGAAGGUCUCCAAAAGUGGGUUUAUCAGAAGAUUUUUAACAAAGUGGAUAUGUCCGACUUUUAUUUGUUAUAGAAUAAGAAUGGGGAGUCGCGGAAACAACCUCUCCCCUUGAGGGGUAAACUGCAUACAUCUAAUCCUCCCCAGAACCUGCAAUGACGGAAGCCUCGUGCAUUAAAUACACCCUUUAAAAAAAGAAUGGGGAGCACAAAUUUUCCAAAGCGCUACGUAAUUGUCAUUUUGACCUUCUUCUGCACUUGUGUAUGCUACAUAGAACGUGUGGGCUUCUCAAUCGCAUAUACUAUUGCUGCUGAUGCUGCAGGGGUAAACCAGUCGAACAAAGGCAUGAUACUUUCCACAUUCUAUUAUGGAUAUGCUUGUUCGCAAGUGCCUGGUGGAUGGGCAGCUCAGAAAAUUGGGGGAAGGCGUGUUCUUCUCCUCUCGUUUGUAUUAUGGUCUCUAACAUGUGCUUUAGUACCGCUGGACCCAAAUCAGGUGAUUAUUUUGGUAAUUGCACGCUUACUCGUUGGAGUGGCUCAAGGAUUCAUCUUCCCCUCCAUCCAUACUGUCCUAGCACAGUGGGUACCACCACAUGAAAGGUCAAGGUCUGUUUCUCUUACGACAUCUGGAAUGUACUUAGGUGCAGCUGUGGGAAUGCUUGUACUUCCAAGCGUAGUGAAAUUUAGGGGUCCUCAAUCUGUAUUUGUUGCUGAGGCAGCUCUAGGUGCCAUGUGGUCUCUGCUUUGGUUCAAAUUUGCCAGUGAUCCACCUCGUUCUGAGCAUCCAAAGGCAACUGCUGCUGGUUUUGGGGAAUCUUUGCUGCCUAUUAAAGGGAGUCAGAAGAUGAAAACAGAGAAUGGAGGACAUAUCAUUAGAACUCCCCAAAUCCCAUGGAAGAGAAUUAUCCUCAGCUUGCCUGUUUGGGCAAUUGUUGUGAACAAUUUCACUUUCCAUUAUGCUUUGUAUGUUCUGAUGAACUGGCUGCCCACAUACUUUGAGUUGGGCCUUCAGCUCAGCCUUCAAGACAUGGGUUCUUCUAAGAUGCUGCCUUAUCUCAACAUGUUUGUGUUUUCUAAUGUUGGUGGUGUGAUUGCAGACCACUUGAUCACUAGAAGAAUAUUGUGCGUGACUAAAACCAGGAAGGUUUUGAAUACUAUAGGAUUCGUAGUAGCUUCUUUUGCAUUAAUGGCUCUUCCCCUCUUCAGGACCUCUGGUGGAGUUAUCUUUUGUUCCUCUGUGGCUCUUGGGUCUUUGGCACUAGGGAGAGCUGGGUUUGCAGUGAACCACAUGGAUAUUGCUCCGAGGUAUGCUGGCAUUUUGAUGGGUGUUUCUAAUACAGCUGGUACAUUAGCUGGCAUUAUUGGGGUCGAUCUAACUGGCCGGCUUCUUGAAGCUGCUAAAACUGCUCAGCUGGAUCUUUCUAGUCCGGAUAGCUGGAGAGCCGUGUUUUUUAUACCGGGGUUGCUCUGCAUUUUUAGUUCUUUGGUCUUUCUACUAUACUCAACUGGGGAGAGAAUUUUUGACUGAGGAAUAUAUGUCAGGUUCUACAAGCCCAAAAGAUCUGAAGUAGUUAGCAUAGCAUUAGCUAAUACAAGUCAUUGGUAAAAUUUGUCAAAAAAAUUCUUUUGAAGCUUGUUCGGUUUUUUAUUUUUUAUUUUCAUCAUUUAUAUCACAAGUGAAAGGACUUGUUCAGACGGAUGAACCUUGAAAUUCUAUUUAGAUGUGAUGUACGAGCGGUGUAGCUGCAAUUGUCCGACUGUUAUGGCGGAUUAAACUCAUUGGUUCUGCGGUGCUAUGCACUCUGAUAGGGUCUACAAAGCAACUAGACUCCUUGGGUAUCGUUAAGCUUAUUAAACAUUAUACUUGUAACUGACUUGACUUGGGAACUUGAUGCCCCAAAUACAAUUUUUUGUAAUUCAUUUUUAGAUAUUUAAGAAG